AUGAAUACCGAUGCUAAUAGUGAGGACAAAGAAAGAAUUCAAGCUGAAUUAGAAUCAUCAUUAAAAAUAUUAAAUAAAUUAGAAUAUCAACAAAAAUAUCAUAAAAGAUAUAGAAAAGAAACACAACUAGGCCUAUUAGAAGCCAUUCUUCGCAUUGUCUCUCCGGAUGGGCAGGCAGAUGAGAGACGACGUUCAGAGACAUUACGAUCUGUCAAGACCUUGGAUCAACUCCAAGAAGCACUGGAACAAAUGAAUUAUAAACUAUCAUGCUCUGCCGCAUACUUUAGACUUAUUCCAAAAUGGCAUAAUACCGUAGAGGGAAAACGACAUGUUAAAACUGUAUCAGUGAAGCUUCUAAGGGCACAGAAUACAGCAAGAAGGGUGCAUGAAGAUACCCAAUUCUGUGCUGCUUUGAUAAGAAAUAUUAAAGAAAUGGUGUCAGUAUUAGGUCCCAGAAAUAUUUUAGUUGUAUCCCAAGAUGAUAAAGCACAAAUACCUCUUGGUUUAGCUGCGGCAAAUAAACAAGCACCAAUCCUAAUAAGGUUAAAAUACCGAGUGAAGCUUCCAGAUUACAACUGGGUUGUUGCUAAAAGGCAUAAACUGAUUCCAUCAGUUUAUGCAAUAUUAAAUGUGGAGGGAGGUAAAUAUGGAAAUUCCAAAGCAGUAACUUAUUCAGGUCCAACAUUUAUAAGGGUCUAUAGUAGUAAACAUGAUAGCAGUACUGCUUACUCACAUGAUAAAGACUUUAAUGAACUGAUGGUUGAGGAGAAAUUGCAUGAUUAUACUAAAAUGAAUGGCCAGCCUAAACCUGUAAUGGUAAUGCUAAGUGAUGGUGGUCCCGAUGAGAACCCUCGAUACAAAAAGACAAUUCAAAUAAUGAUUGAACAUUUUGACAAAUAUGACCUUGAUACAAUCAUUAUGGCAUGUUUCGCGCCACAUCAGAGUGCAUCCAAUCCAGUAGAAAGACGAAUGGCGCCCUUAAGCCAUGACUUAGCUAGUAUGAUCCUCCCACAUGAUACUUUUGAAUUGCAUUUGGAUUCACAGCUAAGAACAGUUGAUGAGAAAUUAGAAAACAAACCUCAUAGUAUUUGCGCAGCAAGCAUGAGUAUAUCCGAUAAUACAACUCACUUUAGUGGCUUUCUUCUCUCUGUAUUAAUGGAAAGAAAGUUAAUUCCUCCAAACACGAAUCUACAUUAUCUUCCUUUCAAUUGGUAUUGCCCAACUGUAAAUAAGUCAAUCAAUGAAUAUCUCUGCUCUUAUUGUAAAUGGUAUUUCGCUUUAAAAGGAGCUUUGAAAUACCAUACUCGAGGAUGUUCACAUAAGCAAUCAAAUUUACUUGUAGAACCUGAUACGGAUACUCAAGAUUUUCAGGCUAAUAAUAUAUCUAUUCAUAAUUAUCGGCAUAGUGAAUUCUUAGUUAGUAAUAAAAACCAUGAAGCAAUGUGGAUAGAUGAAGAAGUAAUACCAGAAGACUUAUCAGAAACCUAUCAUCAAGUACAAAUUCAAGAAGAAUUGGUUGCAGACAAAGUAUUAAUAGUUGAUUGGGAAGCAUGGAUACAGAGUGAAUGGACAAAUGAAGA